UUUAUGGCGUCUGCUUUGUUACUAAGAUAGCAGCAUCACACAGCUGUACAUUCCUACAAUGUAAAAUGAUUGUAAAUCGCAAAAAUAUUGGAUGUGAAGCGUGUAUUUGGAGGGUUUUUUCAAAAAUAAUGCGAUAGCCAAGGAAAUGUUUCGAUGACAGCUAUCGGAAGUAAGACUGCGGUAAAAUAUCUUCUGUCAGAGCACGGAAUAUGUAAAAGAGACGUAAAGUCUCUAUAUAAAAAUGAAACUAGAUCAGUGAGAGGUGGAUUAAUCCUGAAAAGUCUGACACAGCAAUAAGAUGGCUUGCAAUGAAUACAGUCAUGCUGAGGCUGACUUCCUUUCACUUGCUGUUGACCUGAAUGAUGUGACUCUUGAUGAACCCAGCUAUAGCCAGCUUCGUGAUGAUCGUGCUGAGCGUACACGGCAGGCUAUGAAGGCAGCAGACUCUUCUCUUACUGACUGCAUUUUGCCACAAGAACGUUGUGCAGUCAGCCGUGACCAAGCUGCAGCAGUGUGCUUGCAGAAGCGCUGGCGUGGCCAGGUGGGACGAAAGCGAUACUUGGAGAAAUUGCUGGAGAAAUUUGAACAGGAAGAACGGUUGAGACUCGAGAAGAUGCAGCAGCAGGUAGAGGAGGGCGAGCUGCUUGUGGACAACCACAAGUUGCUGGUUCUGCUGGACGAGGACGCCACUGUCAGGCGCAACCAGGACCGACAUCAGCUUUGUCGCGUGAUCACAAUCCAACGCGCGUGGCGCGCCUUACCUGGAACGGAAGGUUUCUCAGGUGAACACAGGUGUGCUGACCGACGCUGACUGCCAGGCAGGAGUCGAGCGCCAUGUCACAGGCGACCCCACGCCGGGGGACAGCCAGG